AGAGGGGAGAGGGGUGGGUGAGAGGACUGAACUCAGUGAGAGAGACUCGAACAUUCCAACCCUGAUCGUUGCACAUUUGAAGCAGAAUUCCCAAGGGAUAGAAGAAGUGGACUCAGUGAAAGGGAGAUCAUACAGACAACUUAAAGACAAAGAGAAGAAGAGAGAGAAAGGUUGAAAAGAAAGAGAAAGAAUAAGGGAGCAGGGAAAGAGAAAAAUAAUGGAAAGCUGAAAGACUUCUCAUUAACAAAUAGACAGGGGUGCGGAGUUCCAGCGUGUCUCCCAACAGAUGUGGAAGGCUAAGUUGCUGCGUCAGGAGCAGAGCUAAAAGGCUAACAUCUGAGAAGCAGAGAAGACGACAACAUGCCUCCCUGACCACCUCCAGCGCCAUCCCUAUUUGCAUACAGCCUUCAGGAUAUCCCCUCGGUGAAGAUGUAGUCCAAUUGGUUGCCUUGGAGAUGUCUCUAAACAGGGCCUCCUCUUGGCGCCGUCCCCCUGCCCUGUUGCUGUGGACUCUGUGGGUUCUACUCCUCCCCUCAACUGUCACCCUGACCACGGGCCCCGGCAACAGCACCCUGCUCUUUGACAGCACCGACAACAGCAACAGCCUGCGGAACUGCAGCUGCUCCGCCCACAUCCAGGACUGUGACGAGGCGCUGGCCAACCUGCUGUGCAGCUGCCACACUGUGCAGCGCUCCAAGCUGACCCCAGGUGGCCUGAGGGAGCAGGGCGGACUAACUGUUUGGCUCAGAGAGCCCUGGGUCCUCACAGAGCUGCUGAACGGCAGCGUGGUGCUCGACCUCCGCCUGUCGUUCUGUGGCACUGGCACCCUGGCCAUCCCCACCCAGUACCUGGCCCUGUUUGGCCUCCGUAGGCUGAGGGUCCACAGUGCUGCCCAGGGCGCUCCACACCUGGAGCAGGUCCUUACCAUCUCCUCUAGGAGUAGGGAUAUUGAGGGGAUGGGGUGCCUCUCCUCCACUGACCCCGCCUCCCCCUCCUCCGUUCUCCAUGUAUCCUUCCUGGAUGUGUCAGUGCUAAAUGGGUUGUCGUCCCUGAAGGCCUACAGUGUGAGCGCCCCUCCCAUGUCCACCCUCUUCCAACACUUCCCCCACCUGCCCCUACCCCUACACCCCUCCACCUCCCUGGAUCAGCCUCCGGAGCCCCAACAGGACUGCCUCCUCACCUUCAUAUACUAGACCUGUAGGCUCAGAGCUAGAUCUGUGGAAACUAGACUGGGCUGGGUGGAUGACACCGAGGUGCCUACAAGAGCUCCAUCCACCCAGAUGUUACUGAAUGGGCUUGGGGUGCAGAGAGCUGUGCUGCUUUUCAAUGUGUGUCUAUAUGGUGCAUUUGUACAGUGCAGGAAAAAAAAAAACACUUAUCUGUCCUCAAGAGGACUCUGGACAAGAAAACACAACCAUCUCUGAGAAGAAGAUGGAGUCAUAUUUCAAUAUCAUUGCAAGAGAAAGGGAAAGGUCCGGUGAGGUGAGAGUAAGACAAGGACGGCAUCCGUCUGCUGCUCUAUAAACUGACAGAGCUUGUAGACCUGCUGCUAUCUAACAGUAAAAUUUUCCAGAUGCUCUUUUCUCUCGGUUAUUGCGUGCAGAUGGCCUAUUAAAACAUGUUGUUUUGAAACCGGUUACGAUGGCUGCCUUAUAAAUGGGCCAGCCUGGUUAGAACCCUGUUGGAUCAUCAGGCGAUGGACUUCACGCUUCGUGACUGUAAAGUUCUAAAUCCACCUACUUAAGCUGGACUUGGUUGGGGUUUUAUUCAAGAUGAAGCUAAAAGCGUUCUGGACUGGUUUGAUCUGGAGAUUGGUCCGGCCCAAGCUGGAUUGGUUACGUCUCUCUGUUUCUGGUGUUCUAGAAUUCAGGGUUGUCCUGGAACAACCUUGGAGUGGAGUGUUCUCAUCUCUAUGUUCCACAAUGUGUUCUUCUGCUCAUGUUCUAGAACAGGGAUGGGCAAACUUUUUGGCUCGAAGGCCACAUUGGGAUUUCGAAAUUCAACGGAGGGCCGCACAUUUUUUGUUUCUGACGAAAUAAUAAUUCCCCCACCAAAAGUUUGUAAAAAAAAAUACUCAAACCUCCCGCGGGCCGGAUUGAAUGUAGUUUGCCCACUCCUGCAUGCCGUAGUUUGCCCACUUCUGUUCUAGAACGACCAUGUAUAUUUACAGUAGUAACUUGACCUGGGACCUACUAUAGACCAGCCUAGUAAGGGUUAAUACAUUUUACUCAUGGUGUAAAAAAAAGGAGCAUGCAAAGAGGUGUUAGGAACUCAAAAAGAAGUUCUCCACUCAGAAAACAAAUGGCACCAAUCUGAUCUUUAUUUCCAUCUCACAUUCUGAGAGACGUAAACAUUCAAUUAAUCUAAAACCACUCUCACAAACAAAGACUGCAGCCAACACUUCUGUUCUGUAGAUCAUCCAGAGUAUCUGAACGUGUGCGUGUGUGUGUGUGCAUAUGAAUGUGUGUGUCUAGGCGUUGUGUGCAUGUGUACAGUGCAUUCGGAAAGAAUUCAGACCCUUUCACUUUUUCAACAUUUUGUAUUGUUACAGCCUUAUUCGAAAAUGUAUUAAAUAUUUUUUCACUCAUCAAUCUACA